UCUCGGUGCGGAAGUGUUGUCCUCCAGAGCAGCAGCAGCAGCAGAGGCAGAACCUGAGCUGCCACUGUUUGGGAUAAACACCACGACAGUUCAGCAGCGGGUUUCCUUGCCUCCGCGUCUCUUGUGCCGGGUCUUCUCAGUGCUCCCGUGGGCCGUGUAGAGCAGCAGUACUAUGCGAGCACCGCCUGGAGUGUGGGAGCACCGUGUGAAGUGAGUUUCUUUGAAUCAUCUAUAUGGGCCAUCUUCUCUCGAAAAAUGGUUACCGCCUGAAGAAGAGGACACGCAAGUUGCAUCACAAGAAGAAGAAGAAGAGGAACUGUUUCCUGCAGGGCCCUUGCAUGCUCUGCUUCAUCGUCCACAGCAACAGUGGUGGUCUCGACGACGACAGCGACCAUUUGGAAGCCAGCACCAACGGGUGCCGCCACAACAGCGUCACUGGAAUCAGUGUCCCAGGUGUCGGCGGAGUCGGCAUCGGAGCAGCAGCUGCCUCGAAGCUCGCUGAGCGAUACGCAACACUCGCAUCUCCCGAGGAUUGCUCCAAGUUCCUUUUGUCACCGAGGGAGCUAGCUAUCUGGGAGGGCCAAGGGAGGAGUCUUUUAUCAGCAGUUCCUGCCAAACUGAUUCCACCACCGGUGCUCUUCCGAUCCGCUGGUGUGUCCGUGACUGUGCCCAUACCUGUGCCUGUGCCUGGCUGCACCAGUGACUACACUGAGAUGGUGUGUAAGAGGAAGUGCUCAGAGGUGCAGAGGUGCACCCCUUGUAAGCAGCCACGCUGUGCCUUCGCUGCUCCUGACGGAGGGCUGGAGAACGGAGGAGUGGGAGGAGGCGGGGGAGACGCUGCCUCGAACUCUGAAUCCGGCCACUGUCACCUUCCCCUCUGUCCACUUCCCUCCUCCUCCUCCUCCUCUUCCUCCUCUGCUUCCUCUUCCUCCUCCUCUUCCUCCUCACCCGCUGAUGGCUGCUGUGGGUUGGGUCUUCAUGCUGAUUUGCCCCACAGUUCAGACUCGUCCCCAUGCUGCCUGCAUCAUUAUGACGACUGCCAGUCAAGAAGUUCUGACGCUGCUGAUCACUUAAGUAUCAACCACCUGCCUUCCUCCAUCCUUCUUAAGGUGCUGUCCCACUUGACAGUGAAGGAGCGCUGUCUUUGUGCCUCUCUGGUUUGUAAGUACUGGAGGGACCUCUGCUUGGACUUCCAGUUCUGGAAGCAAAUCGACCUCAGUGGCCUACAACAAGUAACCGAUGAUCUCCUGGUGAAAAUAUCCUCCCGGAGACAGAACGUGACAGAGAUUAACAUCUCGGACUGCAGGGGGGUCCAUGACCAUGGUGUGUCCUCUCUGGCCUCACACUGUCCAGGACUGCAGAAGUAUACGGCCUACCGCUGCAAACAGCUGGGUGACAUCUCCCUGGCAGCUCUGGCUACACACUGCCCUCUGCUGGUUAAGGUGCAUGUGGGCAACCAGGACAAACUAACAGAUGCAGCACUGAAAAAGAUGGGAGAACGCUGCAGUGAGCUGAAGGACAUCCACUUGGGUCAGUGCUAUGGUAUCUCAGAUGAGGGCAUGGUGGCCUUGGCUAGAGGAUGUCCUAAACUGCAGAGACUCUACUUGCAAGAGAACAAAAUGGUCACUGAUCAGUCUGUGCGAGCGGUGGCAGAGAAUUGUCCUGAGCUGCAGUUUGUCGGCUUCAUGGGAUGCCCUGUGACCUCUCAGGGAGUCAUCCAUCUCACUGCGCUGCGUAACCUGAGUGUCCUGGAUCUGCGGCACAUCUCCGAGCUCAACAACGAGACGGUGAUGGAGGUGGUGAGGAAAUGUCGCAACCUCAGCUCCCUCAACCUCUGCCUCAACUGGAGCAUCAACGACAGGUGUGUGGAAAUCAUUGCCAAGGAAGGGAGAAGUCUGAAGGAGCUCUAUCUCGUGUCUUGUAAAAUCACAGACCACGCUCUGAUUGCCAUAGGCCAGUACAGCAGCACUAUAGAGACUGUGGAUGCCGGCUGGUGUAAAGACAUCACAGACCAGGGAGCCACACAGAUUGCUCAGAGCAGCAAGUCGCUCCGCUACCUGGGCCUCAUGAGAUGUGACAAGGUGAACGAGGAGACGGUGGAGAGGCUGGUGGUCCAGUACCCUCACAUUGUGUUCAGCACAGUGAUGCAGGACUGCAAGAGAACCCUGGAGAGAGCUUAUCAAAUGGGCUGGAGCCCCAACACGUCGAACUCUUCGUAGCUACUGCUGGAUCACACACACAUACACACACACAUAAACACAUAGCUAAACAGAGGCUCCUUUUUGUACACACACACGGAUACACAACAUGUGCAGCUCAGUCACGUUUGCUUCUCAUCCACUCAAACAUGCAUGUGAACAUGUAGCUUCACACUCUCAGACAUAAGUCCAGUCCAUCAACAGUUUCAUUUGAAACCAUUCUCCUAUUUUAUUAUGGUAUUUUAUAACUAUGUGAGAUGUCAUACGCCUGCCAGUUUUAGGUUGUAGUCAAAAACUGAAUUUCUCGUCAUCGGCAAUAAAUCAGAUCACUUGUAACAACAUAAUAUACUCUCUCUGAACAGAGCCUUGAGUGAUUAGUGUGUUUAAGUGCAAAGCAGUGCAUAAAAAAGUGAGAUUUUAUAUCUGAUAUAAGUGAAGGUUAAGAAUUUUAAGUGUUUUAAGUCCUCUGCAUUGUCUUGGGUGGAGCAGAUGCAAGAGGUGGGGGUUUGCUGGUCCUGAAUUUAUCAAAGGAAGAGCCAGACAUUCAGCAAUCCUUGGACAAGAAUUAUGUUUAAUGAACAUGGGUUUAAAAAAAAAAAAAACAUGUGUUUCCCCAACUGGAGUCCGUGCUCUUGAGCAAGGCGCCCGUGACAGUCUGUUGAGGUGCUUCCUUCCUCCAAACUGAACUCGGCUGCUGCAGCGACAUCGACCCAGACGGAGCAGAGACUCAGGAGGCGUCAUGUGACAGAAGACAACAAAACCAUCAGGGGCUUCAGCUUUUCACAGGUUGUUCAUUAUAUUAUGCCACAUUUGCGGCAUUUUGAGAAAUUUGCGAUGUUCAUUUUGUCCAGUCGGAACAUUUUUCCUCUCUUGGAUGUUCAGUACAGUGUUAAAGGCGUCUGUGGACGAGGCUCCAUGUGAAGGACAGAGCUCUUUGCUGUGACUCGAUAUGCACACUGAAGAGAGAUUCAAGCCAGAAAGAGUCACGACUCUGGCAAAUCUAUGGCAGGAAAAUGGCAUUGAUUAUGUGUUCAAAGUGCAUGUUUACAUUGAGAUCCUGACCUUAUUUUUUUCAGCUGGAUAUGGAGCACUUGUGAUGUGAAGUUGAUAUUAACAUCCGUAUGACUUGGGAUCAAUGCUGCUUUUAUUGCCAUGUAUAGAUUUACCGUGGACUGAGCAUCACCGUGAGUCAUUACAGAAUUAAAUUAAACAGUGCUUGAAGUAGAGGUUGCCUUUACCCAAAAAUCUCGGGUCACAUUAUCAGAAUAGUAACCACAACCACCUUGUUGACAGGUAAGAGGAAGACUUAAGCCUUAAAGUGGUUAUUAAUUGCCAUCCGAUUAGCAACCUGAAAUCGACCCAGAAUUUACUAAAGAAAUAUUUAUCUGCUCUGAGUUUAUCUGAAGCCGUAUUCCUGUUAUUUGAUCUGAUAUAUUCAUCUAUAUAAAUAAAUACUGUGUGGGAUUUACUUAGCCUAAUAUUGGUUUUGAGCAUAUACUUGUAACAUUAGCUAUGUAGCAAUGCAACGAGCGAUUUAUAUUCUUAGUGGUGUAGGAUGUAAAGAAAAAAAACGAGCUUGCUCUGAAAAGCGGGGCGAGUUGAAGCUGGUGGGUGAGAGCUGAUCAUGUUUCAUCUAUUCUAUAGAAACUCAGUAGUGUACAGUUAAAAAUGCAAAUAACCAGGGUAUUUUUCUAUGGUGUGAACCAGCUCUGGGCUCAGCCUCCACACACUGUCACUCAGAUAUGAACAAUAGCUUACUGAGCUUAGAGUUUGAGUAGAACUGUAAACUUUUGACAGCUUAUAGAGAUUUCAGACAAUUAAAAACACAUUCAUUUUACCCUUGUCAGGAUUUGUAGACUUUAACCGAUGGAGAGUUACUCCCUCGGCCUGUUUCUGUUCUGAUUCUGUUCUUUUGUAAUCCCCAUAUGCACUUUCUUCUCAGUUAGAUGUUGACACACUUGAUUCCUGAUUUGUUAAGGCAACCGUAAAUGACUGGAUUUACAGAAAGAUGAAUAAAACACUACUACUACAA